AAUCAACAGAUCAGUACAACCACACUAAAAUAGUAGAGAUGGAACAAGGGACAGGAGGGACUCUGAAKAUUCUGUUCCUGUUGACACUCUGUCUGCAAGACUUCACUGGUCAAUGCCAAGUUUCAGGGCAUCCUUCUAACCUGAGGAUAGUUCUGGUGGGGAAGACUGGAUCAGGGAAGAGUACAACAGGAAACACAAUCCUGGGUAAAAAGGUGUUUAAAGUGGAGGYUUCUCCAGAGUCUGUGACUGCACAGWSUGAGAAACAGAGUGGAGUGGUGAAUGGGAGGAAGAUUGAUGUCAUCGACACCCCGGGGCUCUAUGACACAACAAUGUCUCAAGAAGAGAUGAAAAGUGAAAUAGAAAAGGCCAUCUACAUGUCAGUUCCAGGACCCCAUGUGUUCCUGCUGGUGAUCAGACUGGGGAGGUUCACAGAGGAGGAGAGGAACACUGUGAAGUGGAUCCAGGACAACUUUGGAGAAGAUGCCUCAAUGUACACCAUCUUGCUGUUCACACAUGGAGAUCAACUGGAGGGCAAAACAGUCAAAGGGUUUCUGGCUGAGGGCAAAGCGCUACGGAGACUCAUCAAUAUGUGUGGGGGCAGAUAUCACUCUCUAAUCAAUGACAAGAGAAGAGACAWCACUCAGGUUASAGAGCUGCUGGAGAAGAUCGAGGAGAUGGUGGAGGAGGACAAUGGAGGAGAACACUACACCAGUGCUGACUAUGAAGCGGCUCAGAGAAAGAUCAACGAUAUUACUUUUUACUGUAAACUGGCAGCGUAYGGCGGUMUAGCCGCAGCAGGACUAGGGAUGGUGUUUGCUYCACCAGUAUUGGUGGCAGCAGGUGUAGCUGUAGGUGUCAGCCAAGGGUUUGAAUGCACUAAGGAGAUGCUAGGCUUUUAAAACACCAGGGGUACGUUCAGUUGGUCUUAACGUUUUGCUACGUAUGGCAACGGUACUUACUGAAUGACAUAACAGUUCUUUCAAAACCAUUUGCAAUGUUAUAGAUAUGCUAGCCGUGUGGCGGAUGGCCCUAGCAGGGUGUGAAUGUGAAAAUCUUAACAAAACCUGCUGUCACUGUACACAAUCACCCUCUCAUCACCAUAGUUACAAUCUCUCAACUCAAAUCAUGACCGUUUUUGAAAGCAGCCCAGGUGUUGACCAAUUUUAUCUUAGUGCAUGUAUUUAGUGUGGAUAUAUAGUAUUGUCGUGUCUUUACUAUGGAUUAAAUGAUAUGACAUGCUAUUUUAUCAAAUCA